GUGCUCGCAGUAGAGGAACAAAAGAAGACACAAAAGAACAAAAGGAACAACAAAGAUCUGCAUGCGGUAUGGUACACCGGUACACACCACUACCUCCGCGCCUUUACAGCGUAUCAACCGCCGUACCGUACCCCGUACCGUUGUCAAUGCUGAACAUUGCAUGAAGCAUGAAGCUGCCACCGGUAUUCGUAGCCAUCAGACUAAGUCACCUUUCCUCGGCUUCAGCAACUCUAUCUAGCUGUUUGAGAUUGUAGAUACCGGUAAAGAGGAUCCAUAAUUUUGCUUUGGUCCAACUUUGCAAUACCCUGAUCUUGCCUAUCUUCAGUUCACUCACUUUGCCGAGAAAAUCUUUUUUUCUUCAAAACUCAUUACAAUGACAGAACACAACAGGAUGCCCGACGUUGACCCCGAAACCUUUGGAUCCAACGAAGAUGUCGAUGAGACAACAUCCACCGGCGGCGGUAUGGAAGAAGAAGGAGAAGAGGAAAGUGUGACUACUUUUCUUCCUGAUGAAACAGCACCCUCUUCCUUUGAGACAUUGACCCAACAGGACCCCUUGUUGGAAAAGAUUGAAAUGGCCAGAGCGGUGCUUCCUUCGGAACAAGUAGUGAACCAAUCCAUCCAAAUGAAUGGUGAAGUUCCCGACGAGGAGAACCAGAUGAUGCUUGAGCAGCAGAAGAACAAGGCAGACCCGUCAACAGCAGACCCGCCAGUCAUGGACCAAUCCAGCGAAAGUCAAGAUCUUUCCAAAGGUGGUGAGCAUCCAGAAGAAGGAGACUUGGAGAAAGAGGAAGAGCGUGGAGGAGCAUUCACGGAUUACUCCAUGAUGAGUGAAUCCACUCAGACGGCCACAGAAGGGUCCACCGACUCGGAUGGGAACGAUGCCUCUAGCCAGGACCACGGUACUAAUAAUAAUGGCAUCCACGACAUCAACAAUGCCUUUGACGACAUUGUGGACAUGCCAAUGCCACUGCCCACUGGCUUGACAAGACAAGAGGCACGACGCAGAGCUCAAGUUCGUCCAGGUGCACAACGUAUUGGAGGAGAAAUGGGAGCAACUGCAGCAGACCAACAGCGACGACCACGACGACAGCAGCAAGCCGCGGUGGAACCCAAUACCGAUGUGGAGGAAGAAGUCUACACGCAUGUCAUUGAUGGUGCCACUUUGGUGCUUCCGGAACAAGAAACAGACCUUGUCGAUGCUUCUGUUACAAGCAACCGAGGCGCGCAUCUUGAUGAAUCCGCCGAAGUCAUUGAUGGACACAUUCUUCACGACAGAAUCGUGGAAGAAGAACCAGCACCCAAUCGGUGGUUCUGGGUUGUCGCUCUUUUGGUGGUAGUGGGGAUCAUCUUGUUCCUCGCCAUCUUUUUCACCAGACCAGACGACGAUUCCUCCUCCCCGGCUUUUACCAGGCCCAGCACGGUCGGUUGGAAUGCAACUCCUGCGGAAGAUGCACCAGCCGCCAUCUACCCUCCCUUCCGUGAUGGCAUGCCUCCUGCUUCCAUCAAAGCCAUCGAGACCAUUGGUUCUCCCAUCUACUACGGCAACAUCUGGAUGCUCAAUGAUCCAAACUUGCAUACCUACUCGGAUGAACGGCAGCUACAGAGGUUCGUUUUGGCCAUUCUCUACUACGGCACGGACGGAGACAAUUGGUUCCACAAUGAUGGAUGGUUGGAUUACGAUGUUUCCGAAUGUGACUGGUAUUUCAACACCGUCGUGGACGAGUUGAUCGGUAUGCCGGUCUGCGACGAGGACAAUAACCUGCGCUUGUUUGCCAUGGCGGACAACAACCUUGCAGGCACCAUCCCUGACAUGUCCGCAUUCAAUGCAAUGCCACACAUCCCUCAUGCAUUUGCCCUGGAUUUGGCCAAUAACAAUCUUACGGGUCCUACACCCAUCCUCCACACGGGUGUGUCUGUCGAAAUCAUUUCCCUUUCCAACAACCACUUCGACACCAUCUCCCCUGGUAUGGCUGCAAGGGGGGACAAUGUCAGGAUUCUGAACGUUGACAACAAUAAGCUGCGGUUGAUGGCCGGCGGGUUGCUCUGGGGGCUCUUCCCUUCCCUCGAGCAGGUCAACUUUACUUCCAAUCAAUUCCGUGGGAAAUUGCAUCCCAACAUCAAAAAGUGCCAAAACUUGACCUAUCUUGGAGCUGGUGACAACUUCUUUUUUGGAACUCUGCCAUCAGAGCUCGGCCUACUCACAAACUUGAAAGAGUUUGAUGUAUCUGGCAACGUUGAACUGACUGGAAGUCUCCCCAGUGAACUUGGUCUGUUGUCCAGCCUUCAGCAUGUGGAUAUCGCCGAUACACUGUUGACGGGAUACCUUCCCGAGGAGUUCUGCAGUGGAGAUACCCAAGUAGUGGAUGUGACUGCGAAUUGCAGUAUGAUCCAAUGUACGUGCGACUAACUGACUGGUUGCAAUCGUUUCACUAUACCAAAAUCCUGGAUACAUGUGUCCAUGUUUCAUUGAUGCACUUCAAGGAAUCGUUCAUUCAAUCUAUAAUUUUGUAUGUUAUAUAGCACUAUCAAAUGGCUUCCUACCUGGUAUGAGUCGAGUCAGAAUACGAGA